AUGAAUCAAUCUAUCAUUCUGUUCAUUGCAGGAUGGUAUUUUUGCUCGAUUACACUUUCACUUUAUAAUAAGUGGAUGUUUGAUCCUUCCAAGGGCCUAAGUGUACCGUACCCUCUUAUGGUGACUACUUUCCAUCAAUUAUUGUUGUGGAUUAUAUCCGGAAUAUAUCUAAAGAGCACAGCAUCACCGCGACAAGAGCACUCUACCCAGGAGUGGAAAUUUUAUUUCAAGUACAUAGUCCCCACUGCUUUGGCGACGGCGGGUGAUAUCGGGUUGGGAAACGUGUCCUUCAAAUUUAUCGCAUUGACAAUCUACACCAUAGUGAAAUCAUCGAGCAUCGCAUUUGUAUUAUUAUUCGGAUGUCUUUUACAUUUGGAGAAGUUUCAAUGGAAACUUAUGGCAGUCGUUGUCGUUAUGUUCGGUGGUGUGGUUAUGAUGGCUUACAAGCCCGACUCUAUCACUAGCCAACAACCCGACCACACAGUCCUGGGUGUGUUUCUAGUGCUAGGAAGCAGCUGUCUGUCAGGUCUAAGAUGGGUGUACACGCAAAUAAUUUUACAGAAAGGCGUGGGCCCUGAUGCUUCCGUAAAGCGGUCUCCAAUUGAAACUAUUCACCAGUUUUCCCCAAUUAUGGGUGUCGCGUUAUUUGCAGCGGCUCUGAUCGUGGAAAAGCCCUUUCCAGCCAUUUUCAAAACGUCCCUGUUUACGUGGCAUGAUAAAAUCUCAGCUCUAUCGAUUUUACGCGGUUUCGGGCUACUGGUAAUCCCUGGAAUUCAAGUUUUCCUAAUGACUAUAUGCGAGCUCGGUAUUCUGCAGCGCGCUCAAGUUCUUACGCUUUCAAUUGCUGGUAUCGUAAAAGAGUUGCUGACGAUUGUUGUGAGCAUGAUAGUGCUCCACGAAAGACUAAGUGGGAUCUACAAUUGGGCGGGGAUGUGCAUUAUUCUCCUCGAUGUAUGCUAUUACAAUUUCCUCCGCUACAAACAAAAGACUGAAAUUCAAUACCGUCCCAUGGAUGAUGAGUACGAUAUUGACACCCAGGAAUUUGAACUGGAACAAAGAAAAUAA